AUGGUGGGUGUGAUAACGCGUAUGGAUGGGUUUUUAUCAAAGACUACGGAUCGUCGUCUGGCUGUCCUGCUUGGGCUCCGUACGAUGGAUCUAGGACAAUGCCGAAAUGUUGGAUAUGCGGACUCUCUGGCAAUAUUUGUUCAAGACUGGCAUAUGGUAUUCAAGGGAGUGGAUGGCAUCACGCCCACAGCUGGUAACCUGGAAACCCUUUGGGAGGGUAGUACUACAGAAUACAACGGUGAUGAGACCGUCAAGACAAUCACUAAUGUUCCAGCAGUUUCUUACAAAUCCGCCGUGGUGGAGGACUGGUCAAGCAACUGGACAAUCAUUGACCAGGUAAAGUACUCUUUCUUCAAAAGUGGUAUAGAAGAAGCACAUAUCGUAUUUGAUGGAACCAAUUCUGACAAAAAUACAUGGUUUUCUCCCGAUAACAUAUUGUUUUCACUGGAGUUUGGAGGCACAGUGAAUGCCACGUCAGCAAGCAUAUCAGGUGAUGGGACAAGAGCAUUUGCCGUAAUAGAACAGUCGGGGACUUGUUCUGCUCUGUCAGCGUGGAUGUUGGUUUUGGAUGAUGCCUCAGGAAGCACUACUUGCACGUUCGAUAACAAUGUCCGAACACGUCCUUACUUCCUUUACAGCAACACUGGAGCUGCAACCCAGCCUGAAUCCAGUUCCUCCUGGGACAGUGUCAACUUUCCAUAUGCUGAAACUCUAGGAAUCUUUAUCACAGGGUGGUUCCCAGUUAUGAAAGUUGCUUACGGUGAAAGCGUGAGCCCUGCCAGUGGGAUCUAUAAUCUAUGGUCCGGAACCUACACCCUUAACGAAUAUGUAAAUGAAGCCUACUCCAUGUCUACAGGAACACCUUCUUACAAGUCGAGUAUUGUUGAUAGCUGGCAGUCUUACUAUAUAUCGGCAGCUCGAGUUUCGUUCUUCCAAGGCAGCCAGGAGAUAGCCUAUGUAGUGUUUGAUGCUCAUAGUUCUACAAAAUCCUCGUGGUUUAAUUGUGACAGAAUUCUAUAUACAUCAUACUCCGACCUGACUAGAGAUACUUCAGUCAACUACUGCUCUAUAGGCGGAAACAGCAAUCGAUACUUCUUCAUAGAAGAGACGUACGGCUCGGGCUGUGCUGAAAACUUUGGAUGGUUCGGAAUAAUAGAAGGGAGUACUUGUUCCUACGAUUCAAAAGGAACCAGACCUUUUCCUUUAUGUAGUGAUGCCGGAUUUUCGGAAGCAAAUGAUGACAUGAUCGUCCCUGAUGCAUUUGCGAUUUCAAUUGCCCGAGACAAUAUGUGUAACCUGGUUACAUGCCUGAAUGGUGCCACUUGCUAUGAUUGGGGAGCACGAUUCCACUGUGAAUGUGUCGGAGACUACUAUGGAGGACAAUGUCAGAACUUGGAUGGAGGAUGGUCUAGUUGGACGGCCUGGACGGAUUGUAGUACUACGUGCUACGCUCAGGGUACCCAGACACGAGAGCGAAAUUGUGACACUCCUACCACUGCUGGGGAUGGUGUUUACUGUAUCGGAUACAGUAAUCAGACACAGUUUUGUAUUCCUGACAACUUAGACAUCUGUUCACGUACGUAUCACAACUACACGACAAAAUUUCGACGCUAA